AUGUGCAAAGAAGCUGACAACCAAGACUCUGCAGCAAAAUAUGCUAAUCCAAAUGCUUUACCCGAACCAACCGAACCAACUCAAGUUCCACAAGAUGCUUUAGUUCCACCACAACAUUCAUCAAAUUUUGAUCAUCAACAACCAACGAUUGCAAAUGCAGAAAACUUCUCAGACAAGGAUUUAUCAUCUGUUUCAUCAGCGUAA